UUGCGGCCACGGUCACUCUGGUCACCAAACGUAGUCAAAAUGAGGUUUUUUUCCGGCAUUUUUCUAAUUUUAUUAAUUAAACUUUUGCAACAUGCCAAAGCCGGCGAUGUGGAAGUGGUCGGCUGCGGCGGCUUCAUCAAGAGCCACGCCGAGAUUGACUUUUCGCGGGUGGAGAUUAAGCUGCUGACGAAGCAGGGUUCGCUGAAGGACAAGACUGACUGCUCGCCCUCCAACGGCUACUACUUCCUGCCCAUUUACGACAAAGGCGACUAUCUGCUCAGUAUUUCGCCGCCGCCCGGCUGGAGCUUCGAGCCCGAGCAGGUGGAGCUGAACUUUGACGGCAAGACAGAUGUGUGCAGCCAGGGCCGCGACGUUAAUUUUGUGUUCAAGGGCUUUGGGAUCACUGGAAAGGUGGCUUUGGCCGCCGGUGGCGGUGCGCGUGACGUGGACGUUGAGCUGCGUUCCGAGCAGGGUGAAGUCCGUCGCACCAAGACCGAUGGCAGUGGUGUCUUCUCCUUUACCCCCAUUAUUCCUGGAAAGUAUGUGGUCACAGCCUCGCAUGCCCGUUGGCAUUUCUCCAAGUCCCAGCACACUGUGGUCGUGGUCAGUGGGAAUACAGAGCUGCCGGCUAACUCUUUGGUGGUCUCUGGCUUCGAUGUGGUUGGUCGCUUUGAUACCAGCACCCAGCUGCCAGGCAAUAUGGGCGUGGCUCUGUACAAAAAGAAGGGACAAUCUCUUGUGCCAAAAUGCGACAAAUCCUCUGCCUCGGUUCCCGUGAAUAGUGCCAAGAGCGAUUACGAAUCGACGGCCGCCUGCUUCUCUCAGCUGGACAGCAAAUCCGGAGAAUAUAUUUUCAAAAAUGUUCCCUCUGGCAAAUACCUCCUAAAAGCCAUUAAUCUAGAUGCCAAGCUAAAGCUGCACCUGAGCCCUGACUUCUUAGAGCUGGAAGUGGGCAAGGAUACGCUCCAGCUGAAGGAAGAGUUCAAGAUCACUGGUUUCACCGUUUCUGGUCAGGUUUUGACUGCAACAGGUGGAGCUCCCUUGAAGUCAGCCGUGAUCAAGGUGAAUGGCCAAAAGGUGGCCGAAACUGAUGCCCAGGGCGGUUAUACGCUGGAAAACCUCAAGGCUGGUACCGUCAACAUCGAAGUGGAGUCCUCGCAGCUUCAGUUUAGCCCCCUGCAAGUCAAGGCUCAGAUCAACACUGCUUCUCUGCCCACAAUUGUGCCUUCUGCAUAUGAAGUGUGCGGCAAGGUGGUCUCCCCCAAGUCCCAUAAUGUUGGUCUGACCAAGAGCGGUUCCACCUUCCAUACGACGGCUGUGACCAAGGCAGAGACUGGUAAUUGGUGUGCCUUCCUCCCGGUGGGCAAAUACACCAUUGAGGUGCUUACUACCGAUGCUGACAAGGCCGCCGGCGUGCAGUUCUUCCCCGUGCAGCAGCAGGCGGAGGUUAGAGAUGCUCCUGUGAAUGGUAUUACUUUCUCCCAGCUGCGUGCCAAGAUUCGUGGAGAAUUGCAGUGUCUGCCGGAUGCUACAGGAACUUGCACUUCAGCUGAAGUCACGCUGCAGGCCUUGGAUGCCACCGGUCAGCCCACGGAGAGCAAGUGGAAGGCCAGGGCACAUCGUGGCAAGUACGUCUUCAAGGAUAUGCUGCCAGGACCCUAUGAACUCACCAUUCCACAGGGCAAUCUCUGCUAUGAAUCUACGCGUGUCUUCCUCAAUGUGGCCUCCGCCGAGGAAGAUGCCCCUCCUUUCGUGCACAAGGGCUACGAGGUGUCCAUUAUCUCAAGUCAUCGAGCUUUGAUGAGGUACACCCACGUAACAGGACCCUCGGAUCCCAAACCCCCCACUGAAACCCUGAAAAUACAAUCCGGUGUAAACACUUUCUGUGUAAACAAGUACGGCAGCUAUGACUUUAAGCUCGAGGGCUGCCACACCUACGAUAGCUCCCUGCCCAGCAAGUUCAUCACCCCAGAACCAGACCAAUUGCAAACGCUGAUCAUCAAUGCAGUGGCCCACAAGACCGGCAUCCGCGUACUGUCCAGCGAACCAACGGCAGAGUCUAUAAGGCUGAUCCUGGAAACAGAAUCCUUGGGUCAGGAGAUUAUCACUCCCGUGGCUGAGUCGCACAAGGUGGAUGGCAAGUUUGCCUAUCGUUAUGAUACCUUCCUGAAGCCAGAACAAGUGCUGCGUGUGACCCCGGUGAGCGAUGUCCUGCUGUUUGCUCCUCAGCAACAGGAGAUUGUGGGAAGCAGCGAUUGUGUGGAUAUUGCUUUUAAUUUUGUGGCCACUCGGGGAUUGAUAUUGCGCGGCAAGGUGGUCCCGCCAAUCAAAGAUGCCAAGAUAACCCUCUCCUUCCCGGAUCAACCAGAGUUGCAGAGCCUGGAAGCGCUUACCUCCGUCACGGGAGAAUUCAAAUUCGGACCCAUUGAUGAGGCCUUGAAUUUCGACCUGAAGGCUGAGAAGGAAUCGUAUGUUUUCAGCGACUACAACCGGCAGUCGGCCUCGUUUAGUGCCCACAAGCUGUGCGAAAUUACGGUGGUGGUCAAGGAUGAGGCUGGUCAGGCGCUGAGCGGUGUUCUCCUCUCUCUAAGCGGCGGCGAGAGCUAUCGCAAGAAUCUGGUCACCGGCGACAAUGGAGCUAUUAACUUCCAUUCCCUGUCGCCUUCGCAAUACUAUCUGCGUCCCAUGAUGAAGGAGUACAAGUUUGAGCCCAAUUCCAAGAUGAUUGAGAUCAAGGAUGGUGAAACUGUGCCUGUAACAUUGACUGGCAAGCGCUUUGCUUACUCCAUCUUUGGCUCGGUGACCUCCCUCAAUGGCGAUCCCUUUGCCGGCGUGAAUGUCCAAGCCGUGGCUCUGGAAGGCUGUCCACAUCAGCAGGAGGAGGCCACCAGCGAGGCCAAUGGUCAGUAUCGCAUUCGUGGCCUUCAGCCCGGCUGCACUUACUCCGUUCUGGUUGUGCCCGACAAGGACAGCGUGGAAAGAUCUAUUCCCGCCCAGCACACGGUUAAGGUGGCCAGCGAGGAUGUGCGUGACAUCAAUCUGGUGGCUAUCAGCCCUCUGAAAAUCGUAGACAUUACCGCCCGCGUCACAGCCACGCUGAAUGAUCACUACAAGACCCUGCGCAUUGUGAUGUACCGCCGGGGCAACUCCGACUCGCCUGUGUUCUCGCAGCGCGUGGGCACUCCGGUGAAUCCAAAGGCCAAGCUCAAUCCAGGCAUCACGGUCUUCUUCCCGCGCAUACCCCUGGACGGCAAGAGCUAUGUGGUGGAGCUACAGUCGACGCUGUCGGACAAAACCUACACCUACAAGCUGCCCUCGGCUACGUUCGUGGCGGAUCGGGGUUCCAUUUUCAUACAGCUGGACUUCCAGCCAGAAGUGCGUGCCGCCGAGGCGGAUCUCAAUCAGAACUCCAUUUCGGCGCUGGUGCUCAUAGCUCUGGUGGCCAUAGCCUUCUUCAAGCAGGAUCUGGCCACCAGUUUCCUGAGCUUUGUCUGGGGCAAGCUGAACGACCUGGCCGCCGACUUGGCGCAGCGACAGAAGAGCAGCAAGGCGCAGCAGGUGCGUAAGAACGAACCCAUCAAUCAGCGGGAAAUCGAGCAGAUGGCCGAUCAGAUAAAUGCCAUCAAAAAGAAAAAGACCAAGAAGAUAUAGUCCUGAUAAUAAUACAAUUUUAGUCACAUUUUUCGAGGUAUUUUGCGGAAGGUAUUUGCAGUCCUUAAGAUUUGUUUUCAUUGUGAGAAUUUGUUAUCCCUUUUGUAACUUUAAAAAUUUGCAUUUAGAACAAGAAGAAUUUUUUUCAUUUUUCAUAAAUUUAUAGAUUGAGGCAAGUUUAUUUUGUGUGUUCUAGGUUCGUUCUCCACUCUUAUAGUUAAAAUAAAUAAAUAAAAAAUAAAUAAAUACAA